GACCCUUCACCAUCUACGUGGAGAUCAACCCGACAUCCGGUGGCCAUCCGGGUGUCAUUGGUUGGGCCAGCCAGGGCGAUAACUUCAUCUCGCUUCGGUUGUGGCCGGGGCGUGGAAACAGAGGAGGUUUGCAUUUGUACUGGAAAGCCAAUGGCCAGUUUGCGGAGCUAGCUGUACAGGCAGAUGGUGUAAUCAACAGCGGAUGGAAGAGUGUGGCCGCCAGCUGGGACAAAAGCACGAUAAGAUUGUACAUGAAUGGGAAACUCCUGGGAACGAAGAGUUAUUCCGGGGCCUUCAAUGCAGUCGACAAGAGCAGCUUCUGUGCAUGCGUGGGUGAACCCGGCCGCACACACGAGGCAUUCAAAGGCAACAUGCGAAAUGUCCAGGUGAUGAACAAGGCCUUAUCGGACUCUGCAGUCCAAUCCUUACCCAUGGCUCACGCAUCUAGCGGCGUGAAGAAAGCCGGCUUGACACCUCCCUUGGUGUUCAGCCAUCUCAGUAAGUUCACCUGCAACAAGUGCAUGGAGAAUGCUGCAGGUGCCAAGGCAGACUUGCCAACGACUGGAGCCUUUACCAUCUAUGCAGAGCUCAACCCAUCCUCGGGUGGUCAUCCGGGCGUCAUUGGUUGGGGCAGCCAGGGAGAUAACUUUGUCUCUCUUCGCUUGAUCCCCUGGCGAGGAAAUGGAGGGUUGCACCUGUAUUGGAAGGCGAAUGGCCAGUUUGUCGAGUUGGCGGUGCAGGCAGAUGGCGUGAUCAGCAGUGGAUGGAAGAGUGUGGCCGCCAGCUGGGACAAAAGCACCAUCAAACUGUACAUGAAUGGCAAGCUUUUGGGUUCAAAGGCUUAUUCCGGCUCCUUCAAUGCAGUUGACAAGAGUGGGUUCUGUGCUUGUGUGGGUGAGCCUGGCCGCACCCACGAGGCAUUCAACGGAGAGAUGCGAAAUGUGCAAGUCAUGAACAAGGCCUUGUCGGAUGCCGAGGUGAAGGGCCUUCCUCUAGAGUCUGGUGGUGGAGGUUCCGCACUUCAAGCCCCUCUCGUCCUAAAGCACACCGACGCAUUCACUUGUAACAAGUGCACGCUCGCGUCUGAGGGCUCAAGUGCAGCUCUACCAACAACAGGACCUUUCACCAUGUACGUGGAGAUCAACCCGACAUCCGGUGGCCAUCCGGGUGUCAUUGGUUGGGGCAGCCAGGGCGAUAACUUCAUCUCGCUUCGGUUGUGGCCGGGGCGUGGAAACAGAGGAGGUUUGCAUUUGUACUGGAAAGCCAAUGGCCAGUUUGCGGAGCUAGCUGUACAGGCAGAUGGUGUAAUCAACAGCGGAUGGAAGAGUGUGGCCGCCAGCUGGGACAAAAGCACGAUAAGGCUGUACAUGAAUGGGAAACUCCUGGGAACGAAGAGUUAUUCCGGGGCCUUCAAUGCAGUCGACAAGAGCGGCUUCUGUGCAUGCGUGGGUGAACCUGGCCGCACUCAUGAGGCUUUCCAGGGUCAGAUGCGCCAACUUCAGAUCAUGAACAAGGCCCUGAGCGAUAGCGAAGUGAAGAAUCUCCCAAUGUAG